AUGGAUGGGUUUUCUUCGUCUCGCUGCACUGAGUCCAUAGGGACUGAAAUCAUCUCAAUCGGAGGUCGGAUGGCGGAGAUAUCACGACGGGAAGAAAAGGGAAUUUCGAAACUUCCGCCGGCGAUUGCGGCUGAUUCCGGCGGGGUUGGAGGUGAGUAUAUGAUCGGAAUUUAUCACUAUACAAGUCAAGUCAUUGCCCUGAAAAGGGGGAAAAAAAGUCAUAGCUAUCAAAGUGACUUGGCCAUAUUUAUAUUGGAAUCGGUCAUCUAUUUCGUCUUUAGAACUCCCAAAAGAGUUCACAGGCCUAGCUCAACGAAAACGGCAAGUCCUUUGGUUCCAGGUCCGAGUGAUAUUGAGAGAUCAACACAAAGCAAGUCUCCUUCCCAUUCCGCGCACCCACUUUGCCGUGCUCAUGAAAGGUCAUCCUUGUUGGAUUUUAAGGCAAGCUUUGCCAUUAACAAGUCUGCUUCUGGUGAUCCUUCAGCUUAUCCGAAGGUUGCUUCAUGGGCGCAAGGACGGACGACGAGCAACUGUUGCUUGUGGGACGGUGUUGAGUGCGACGAAGAUACCGGCCAUGUGAUCAGUCUCGACAUGAGCAGCAGCUUUCUCUAUGGCAACAUCGACUCUAACAGCAGCCUUUUCACACUGGUUCACCUUCAGAGGCUUAACCUUGCUUAUAACGAUUUCAAUUACUCUCAAAUACCAACUGCUAUCAGCCAUCUUCCUAUGCUGACUUAUCUCAACCUCUCACACUCCUCCUUUUCUGGCCAAAUCCCAUGUGAAGUUUCAAGACUAUCCCACUUGUCUUCUCUUGAUCUGUCUCGCAAUUAUGAUUUUAAUUCUGGAGAAGGCUUGUUGGAACUCAAAAGACCUGGUUUCGGGGAAAUACCUACAUCAAUUGGGAAUUUGAAUUCCUCGAUUGAGUUGCGUGCUUAUAACUGCAGCCUAUCCGGGGAGAUUCCAUUCUCCAUUGGAAACCUUACCCAACUCAAAUAUCUGUACCUUCAUGAAAAUAACUUCUCCGGUCCAAUCCCUUCCUCCAUUGGAAACCUUACCCAACUCAUUGAAUUAGACCUUGAUUCAAAUCAUUUUAGCGGGCCAAUUCCAUUAUCAUUUUCAAAACUCAUAAAUUUGGAAUCUCUUUACCUGUUUAAAAAUGAGUUGAGUGGCACGGUGGAUUUUGAUCUGUUUCUUCGCCUCAAAAAUCUUACAGUGCUAUCUCUGUCGGAAAGCAACCUCUCACUGAUCAUUAAACCUAGUGUAGACAGACCUCCUCCACAAUACAUAAUUUUAGAACUGUCCUUUUGCAAUUUAAGCACUUUCCCUGACUUCCUGAGGCAUCAAGUAAGAAUACAGGAUUUGGUGCUUGAAGGCAACCAUAUUCGUGGCCCGAUUCCUGCAUGGCUGAUGAACAUGAGCAGGGAGACAUUGUUCUACAUAAGCCUCGCUGAAAAUUCCUUGACAGGGGAGCUUUCACCUGCCAUUUGCAAUUUUAGUUCCCUUUCGCUCCUUGCGUUGCUUGGAAAUAAGUUGGUUGGUGAGCUUCCUUCGUGUUUGGGAAACUUCAGUGAUUCGCUGGCGUUCUUAUAUCUCGGAAAUAACUCUUUUUCUGGAAGCAUUCCACAAUUUGCAAAGGGUAGCCAAUUGAGGCUGAUAGAUUUAAGUUAUAAUCAGUUGCGAGGGAAAUUGCCACGAUCACUGGCAAAUUGCAAGAUGCUUGGAUCCCUUUCUGUGGAAGACAAUCAGCUCAAUGAUAAUUUGAAGGCCAUGAAAAGCAGUAGCGUUGGGGAUUUGCGUUACGUGGAGACAACAUAUGAAAAUCCAGGCCCAAGCGGUGAUGUGACUAUAACCGCCAUCUUCUCAACUAAUCUAACAAUAAAAGGGGUGACUAGAUAUUAUGAGAAAAUCAAUGAUGAUAUUUCAUUCAUAGAUUUCGCCAACAACAACUUCGGUGGAGAAAUUCCAGAAGUCCUUGGAGACCUAAAUGGGCUUUAUGCUCUCGAUCUAUCCAACAACAAUCUCACGGGUGGCAUACCAUCGGCCUUGGCAAACCUAAAAGCAUUGGAAUCCUUGGACCUUUCGCGAAAUAAGCUUUCGGGAAGGAUCCCUCCGGUGCUGGCGCGGCUCAAUUUCCUUCAGUACUUCAAUGUCUCUCACAAUAGCCUCGCAGGGCCUAUACCACCAGCAAACCAUUUGGUGACCUUCGGGAGCAGUUCAUACGAGGGCAACAUGGGAUUGUGUGGAAUUCCAUUGCCAAACAAGUGUGGAAACUCUGAGGCCUCAGGACUGGUGCCGCUGCCGUCGUUUGAUGAAGAGCAAGAAGAUCACUCAGGGUCUCCCUUUCAGUUCGGUUGGAAAGUUGUGGCGAUAGGGUAUGGCUGCGGCCUUGUUGUUGGAGUGUUUAUUGGGCAUGUCGUGAUUACAAGAAAAUCCAGGUGGUUUGCCAUGGCUUUUCGUGUGAAGAAUUUGCAUGUGAAAAGGAAGCCAAGGAUGAAACGUAGGAAUUGA